AAGGGUAGCUGGGAGGAGGAAAAGGAUCAUUUCCCUUAGCAGCUCCAUCAUUCUCCCAUCUGCUCAGCUCCUGCCAGGACUGAGAACAAAAGCCUUCUCAUCGCAAGUCAGUAUGGAAUACGAAGAUGACUACUCCUUGGCAGUACCGCUGAUUUUUACUGUGUUAGCUGUCAUAGUAGCCGCAGUCCUCAUCAAACUACGAUCUGGAGGGGAAAAGCAGCAAGCGGAGGCGCCCCAAGAAGAGGAGAAGUCCAAAGUGACUGAGCACAUAGAAGAAGAGGAGAUACAAAAGGAGGAAAAGGGAGAUGAUCGUGAAGGGGGUGUGAGACCACAAACAGAGGGAGUCCCAGUGGAAGAAGUUGGGGCAAGUGAGGAGCUUCCUCAAGAAAGCAUAAAAGAUAACGAGACAGAAGACGAACAAUGUAUUGUCCAGGAGAGGAGGGCAUCCAACCAUUCCAGCCAAGAAGAAGAGGACAGUAAGGACGAGGACUUUGAAGUAGAAAGUGAUAAAAUAUUGAAGAUCAGUGAGGCUGAUGAUGCAGAUGAUGAAGAUUUCUCCUUUAAAUACUGCCCAGGAAAACUGCGUGGGAGUGAGUAUGAGAAAAUGCUGACCAAGGACGAGUUGGAGGAAGAACAGAGGGUACAGAGAGAACAGCUGGGUGCCAUUUUCCAAAUGAUGGAGCAAAACCAGGAGACUUUUGGGAAGAUGUCUGACCAUGAUGUCAAGGACCAGCUGAAGCUCUACAAUAUGUAGCCGGAAAAAAGUUACAAAGCAGGGCAGGCUCUACUGGUAAAUUGCAAUGUUGCUGGCAUGAUUUGAUGUUGCAGGAAAUAUAAUAAUGCUCUAUUUUUAGCAAGAUUAUUAUUACUGGGAAUUUCAGGUUACAAAA